AAAAUUCAGUCCCUUUGUCACCUCUCUUUAGUUACCGUUAUCAUCCUCCGCUCUUAAACCCUUUCAUUCUUCCAUCAAAACCCUAACUUUUUCUUCUAGAAUUAUCUGUAAUUGAUCGUUACAACAAACCCUUCUUUCUUUUUUUAGGGUUUCGUUUCUUGAUGAUCAAAUUUGACAGUCCAAUUAACUCUUGUAUCUUGUGUAAAUCCCCAAUUUUUUGCGAUCAAUUUCGUUGUUGAUAACUCGAUAUGGCUACAUUGGCACCGGGUAUCUUGUUGAAGCUUCUGAAUGGGAUGAAUUCAGGGGUGAAACCCACAAGUGAACACAGGAGUUCACUUCUACAAGUGACAGAUAUUGUUCCAGCUGAUCUUGAUGAGAAAGACCUGUGGCCGAAACACGGGUUUUACAUCAAAGUUUCCGACUCUUCGCAUUCGAUCUAUGUGAGUUUACCCUUUGAACAAGAUGAUCUUGUUCUCAGCAACAAGAUGCAGCUUGGUCAGUUCAUUUAUGUUGAUAAUCUUGAGCCGGGUUCACCGGUUCCUAUAGCGAAAGGCGCGAAGCCACUUCCGGGCCGCCACCCGUUUGUUGGAACGCCUGAACCACUUAUGGGUCUGAGAGAAAAAGGGGAACGAGAACAUAAGUCGAUUUUGAACUCGAAUACGAAGUCUUCAGCUCCAAGACGAGGUUCUUGGGGGACAGGACAAAAGGGGGAAGAUGGGGUGUGUGCUUCACCGAUGGUUUUGAAGCCAUGUCCUUUGGAUUUCGAUCAUUGUACGCCUGUGAAAUCGAGGUCUGCAAUGAGGCCUAACUUUCCUAUGUCGCCGUUGAUAAGAAGCAGAGCGGGUGAGAAGGACGGAAUGUCGAAUGGUGGGGUUAGAGGCUCUGCGGGUGGGGCGUUGUUGUCGAAGAUGAUGGAAAGUCCUGCAACGAGAAAGAGUUGCGCUGUUAGUGCUUCGACGAUGAAGUAUACGAGGAGUAAAAGUACAAUUUGCGACAGAGAUGCAAAGAUUUUAAGAAGUCCUUUUAAUACAGCUGAAAAGAAAAGCACAACACCUCCUCCAAAUUUAAGGAAUGCCCGAAUGUCGUCUUCCCCAAGUGUUGGUUCGGAGACCAAGAGUUAUUCAAACUCACAGAUGGCUUCACAACAAGAUUCUCCGUAUGGGGACACCGGCUUAUCGUUUAAUUUACCAGGAAAACUUGGCCUUCUGGGAAAGGAAGCCAUUCAGCAACGCGAAACAGCUCAGAAGAUUGCCCUUCAAGCACUUAGAGAAGCCUCAGCCACUGAAACCGUUGUUCGUUCCCUCAAGAAUCUAUCCAGUUUGAGCAAAUCAGCCAACCCUGAAAAUCCAGCAGACUGUUUUGACCAGUUUCUUGACUUCCAUAGUCAAAUUGUUCAAGCAGUAGCUGAAAUGACAUCAAUCAAGGCUGCAACGGUUCAAAUCUCAUCGGAAAGCCAUCCACAAGCCUUGCAUGAUAAUACGAAUAACUCAGAUUCAAACAAUGCUUCCAAAAGACGAGCUGCUUUAUACAAAUCAAUAGCAGCAUUUCCCGAAAGAAAUGAUCAAAAGUCGACGAAGCAAAUGAGACCGCCGUCAGCUGUUAAUCAAAAGGCGAAAGUGUUUGACAACGAUGAAAAUAAGAAUCCAGGGGGGUCUUGUUGCAGUUUAAGUAAUACGAUAACAUUAGGAAUGCAGAUUGAGACCGAGGCUGGGAAUUGGUUUAUGGAGUUCUUGGAGAAAGCAUUGGAAAAGGGGAUGAAGAAAUCGAUGGAAAAAGAUAAGAAGAAAGUUCCUCAAUCACUUGUAUUGAAGGUCAUUAAUUGGGUUGAAGUUGAACAAUGCGAUUCUAGCAAGAGACCGGUGCAUCCAAAAGCAACACAAAUUGCUAGGAAAUUGAGGAUUAAAAUGAAGAACCCUUGAGUAAUGUUGAUUAGUGUGUAAUUUGUGAGGGAAUUUGAUUGUGUUGAAUUUAAUUAAUAUCUUGUACUGCUGUUUGAAACUAGUUCUAUACCGCCCUGUCCGGUCUAUAUAUUAAUGGUAUAAGGACAAAAGUAUAUUUC